ACGAGAUAUGCAUGCACGUGACUGCGCGUGUGCAGUGUUUGGUCAUCUGUUUGUUUGGCUCUUUGAUUUUCGUCUCCCCCUCCCGACCACGACACCACACACCGCUUCCCACUCCGGCCCGUCCAUCCACUCCCUCUCCUCGUCGUCCCGGACGGCGUCGACGACCUCUAUUCAACCCUCAAGGGCGACAAGAUGACUCAGAGCGGGGAAGCUCCCCCUCUUGCUCUCUCGGAUAUCGUCCAUAUCAUGUCUCCCUCCCCUGCACCCUAUGACGACCAAGAUCCUCUCGACGAGGACGAAAUACAACAAUUCCGUGCACGCGCUACUGCCCUUGCCGCCCUUGAUACAUACGGGCCAGAGGACAGGUCAGACAGGGAGAAGGAGCUGCUCGAGAUGGUUCUCAAGUUGACUUCCGCUCCUGGGCCGGCUGCUGCACAGCUCGUAGCACAGGCGGACGUUAUCACAUCGUUGUCGGACCAGCGGGAUAUGCUCAUUCGUCAGGCUGAGGAGCAGCGGCUAAGAUGGGACGCUGAGAGGGAGGGAUGGGCACGCAUGGCCGAGGCGCUUAUUGCUCAGAAGACCCGGAACAUGGACAAGGACGAGGAGGUUCCUCACCAGGUCAUCAUGGCCGAGGCAGAGAACAAGUCCCUCCGACAGAAGCUCGCAGAUGCCCACGCUCGUCUCGCAGCUCUCGAAGCAGAAUUUUCAAAGCUCCGCCCCAUGCUCGUUAUGCACACCCACGCACCCCGCCCUCCCUCAUCUGCGCAGCCUCACUCAUCACACUACACCCCCCAGCACGUUCGUCAGACGCCUAGCUCACAACACUACUACCAACGCACUCCGCAACAUGCGCCACCGCGGCAACAACUGAGCAAGCCCGCCCGCUUCCGACGAAAAGACGGCGUUGUAAACACCGACGACGAGCACCCUCCCUCGGCAGACGAUGACACCCAGCGGACGCAGAUGGACAUCGACGUCGAAGAGCGCCCGAGCUCGCCAGCACCGGCGGCUGCACCUGUGACGCCACGGCCGGUAGCCACGGCCUCCACCGCCGUACCCGCAUCAGUUCCGUCCACCGCCGAGUCAUCAUCGAACGCUGUUACCUCCGAACUUCCGUCCCCAAGCAAACGACGCAUACCGCCAGGCCACGCACACUUCGUCCCCGGCUCUGGCUCCGCCGCUGCAUUGCUCCCUUCACGCAACAUCGCCCGCCCGCUGACCGCCGACGCGCGCACGGAACACCUCAUCCUCGCCGCACGCAGGAUGGGCAAGCAGCGCGCCGCGGCUCUGGCGGGUCUCACGAGGGACCGGGAGAAGAGCCGUACGCGCGACAAGGACAAGGACAAGGAGCGCCGCGCGGUCCCUGGUACAGGCCCAACGUCGCCUUUCUCGCGCCCAAAGACGCCCAAGACGCCCGCGCGGAACGCUGCUGCUGUUGCUGCUGUCGGAGCACCGGGCCACGUCGGGUACGCGCCGUAUUACUCGCCUGCGAUGCUCGUCCCUGCAUAUGCGAUGCUCGCUACGCCGGGAUCGAGCACUGCUGCGUCGGCGCCUGGGUCGUCGGUGCGGCCUUCUGGGGCUACUGAGGCGGCGACGGCGAGUACGUCUGCGGCGGGUGCGGGUGCGGGUCUCAGGUCUUCUCCGGCGAAGCGCUCGCAGGCGUCUGUCUCUGGAUCGGCGGCAGGAGCAGGAGCAGCGGCGGGGUCGCAUACGCCGCUGGAUUCGCUGUUGAGCGCUGCGAGGUCGAUGAUGAGUCGGGAUUUGGACGAGGAUUAUGAUGUGGGCGAGGACGAGGAUGACGAGGACGACGAAGAUGAGGACGAUAGGAGAGCGAGUCCGACGCCGGGUGCCCGGCGGCGCGCGCCUGCUUCUGCAGCCAGUGGGAGAGGCGGCGGCCCUCUGUCAGGCAUAGGCAUGGGCAGGAAGGCGGCAGCGCGGCACGAGCCGGAGAGCAGCCCCGUUCCACCCGCGAAACGGCGGCGCAUCUCGAGCUCGAACGCGAAGGCGGGCAAGAGGGCGGACGCGAAGGCGGAGGCGGGUAAUGCGCGCGUCAGUCGGGUGCGCAGUGCGCUGGAUGUGCUCGCGGACCAGGCGGCGGCUGCGCAGUCGUCGUCGACGACGUCUACGCCUGCGUCGGGUGCGGGGGUGGCUACGAGGAGGAGGGCGUCGACGAGUGCGACGAAGGGGAAGGGGAGGGCGGGGGAGGAGAGGGGGAAGGCUGGUAAGGAGAAGGAGAAGGAUAGGGAGAAGGCGAAAGGGAGGGGCAAAGGGAAAGAUAAAGGGAAGGCUGUGGUCGUUGGUGAUGAGGAGGAGGAGACGGGGACGGACGAGGCGGAUGAUGAUGAAGGAGUGGAUCCGGAUCGGACGCCUACGGUUGCGUCGCGCUCAAGCUCGAAGUCGAAGUCGAAGCCGAGAGGAGGGAAUCGGAGUCGAGAGGGAUCGGGAUCUGGAUCGGCGGCGCGGGGAAGUCCUUCAGCUGAAGUAGUGCCUGGGGAUCAGGGAAGUGCAGAAGGGGGCGUGAGCGAGGCGGGUGGGUCUGGUCCCGCCGCUGUUACAGAGAUGGAUGCGAGGAUGGAUGUGGACGAUCCGCCUGCAACAGCGUCGGCAGCAUCCACGUCAGCUUCGCCGAGCGCACAAACCCGGCCAAGCGCAAGUUCGAAUGCUACCUCGUCAUCUUCGACAGGCGACGCGACGCAGUCAAGUUCAACACCGACCGCUUCGUCGUCUAUGUCUUCUGGUCGUCUCAACGACUUCGGUCAGUCUAGCCCUCCAGUCCCAUCUACGUCUGCACCUUCGCACAUACCACCUUCAACGGCGCCAGCGGCAGCUCCUUCAGCUGGCGCAGCCAACCCAUCGUCCAUCGCAGCACCGACACCUUCCCCACCUACCGACCCCAAUCCAGACCCAAGCCCACACCUAAAUCCACACUCAAGUCCAAUACUCACACAAACCACAUCUGUAUCCCCGUAUGCGCCUCCGCCUCCGCCUUCGGCAGCAGGGGCAGCACCACCACAGGCAGCAGCGAAGAACAAGAAACUCGCCGCCGUCGCUGCUACUGCCUCGGCGUCGGCCUCCGCCGCAGACCAGAUGGCCGCGGGCGUGCCCGGCAAGCGCCCGCGCAGUCCGUAUGUGAAGUGGACGAAGGAGGAGGACGAUUUGCUCGCGCAGGCGGUAGCCAAAUACGGGCAAAAAUGGGACCUCGUCCAGAAGGCGCUGCCCUCGCGGGGGUACCACCAGGUCCGGCAGCGCUGGCUGAGGAAGCUGGGCGUGUUUGACUCGAAGCCGGAUUUGUCGCAGUAUCAGACGGCGGUGGGCGGGCCGGGUGCGGGUGCUGCUGCUGCCGCCGCUGCAGCAACAACAGCAGCGGCAGGUCAUUCUUCUUCGGGUGGGUUUGGGAAUGGGGCGGGUUCGUAUGGCGUUGGGUACGUGUCUGGGGGUCCGGCCAGUGGGAAUGGGAGUGGGGGUGCGAUAGCGGCGGGGGCGGGGGCAGGGGCAGGGGCAGGGGCAGGAGGAACAGGCGUAGGGGCGCAGAGCCAGAGUGGCGCGAUGCGUGGAGAGCCGCCGCCCAAUCCAAAGCUGGGGCUUGCGCCGCUGAGCAGCGAGAUGCAUUGGGCGACGACGACGCCGUCGUCGUUUGGCUCGGUCGCGGGGUCGCGGGCGGCGAGUGGGUCGUAGGGUCUUGCGACUCUGCCUGCCUGCGCGUCUUGGAUCUUGGGGUUGUGUGUGUCUUGUGGUUGCGCCAUCUAUGUUUUUGAUCUGACGACUCGAUUUCAUACGAUUUUUGACUAUUGUUGUUUUUGGAUGUCAUCUGAUUGUUGUAGCGUAGCGGAUAUAUGAGCAUGUAAUGAUUUUGUGUGUCUCCGGUGAGGUCUGUGUGGGUGAGCAGGAACGUCGCUCCGGGUGGAGCG